AUGCCUUCUCGUAAACUCAAAGACAGCGAACGCCUUCGGUGCGCUAAUGCCUGCUACACCUGCAAGCGUCGCAAAGAGCGCUGUGACGGCCGUCAACCGUGUGGCCGCUGCAUCACCCGCGGAGUGGAUGCCGAGUGCAGUUUUACCCCUUCUCCGACAACAAGGCGCAGAGUUCGGAAGGCUCGCCCUAACCAUGUGAGCCCUACAUCUGGUGUAGACAACUCACAGGGUUACAUAUCACCAAGCGUAUCCUCCUCUAUCGAAGUCUUUGGCCAAACACUGCCUCAAAUCGGCAGCCAGACCGGACAUGAUUCACACAGCGCCCGCACCGAUCAUCCACAGCUCUCUACGCUCAUACAAGACGGCCACGGGAAGUUCGUCUUCAUUGGCGAUGCAGCAAACCUGUCGUUUCUGCAGAUAAUCCGACGACUAGUUCGCGAUUCGCUCGGUCCCUGUGCAUUCACGGAGGACGCUCUACAGCAUCUCAUGGUUGAGGCCAAACCGUCGGAUAGUUCUACAUGGCUUGUCAGUAUCAUGGAUUAUGCGCCAGUCAUGCCCGAAGAGGAAGAGGCUCGGUAUCUAGUCUCCUGGUUCUUCCGCUCAACCAGUUGCGUGCUCAACCUCUUCGAAGAAGGAGAAAUCAGCGAGUCAAUGGCAUCUUGGUAUCAAAAAUGCUCCGGCGAACAAGAAGAUAAAGCUUCGGUAGCAGUCUUCUUUCUCAUAUUUGCAAUUGGCGCCCAGACAUGCCCUGAGAAUAGGGACAAGGAAGCAGAACAGUAUUUCAACUACGGACGCUUCCUGACCACAUCCGUCAUCAUGGACGACAUUAGUAUAUCCGCCGUGCAGUCCAACAUUCUUAUAACUAUGUACCUGCUUGGUGCUUCACGGCGGAACGCUGCCUUCAUGUACCUCGGCAGUGCUGUCCGCGCAGCAUAUGCUCUGGGAAUUCAGCGACACGAUGUCAACAAGCAUUUCAAGCAGUCCGAAUACCUUGUGCGAGAGAGGCUGUGGAAGGUUCUCCGUGUCCUAGAUCUCUUUAUGAGUGCAUCUCUUGGUCGUCCCCCAUCAACACACGAAACUCGAAAUACAGGCACCGACGAGAAUUAUUCGGCUUCUAAUGAUCUAUGCUCUAUCUUUGAAGAUAUCCUUACCAACAUCUACUCCCCGCAAAAAGUCUCAAACAGCCACCUGGAACGAAUCAGUGAGCAUCAUAGACAAUGGGCCAACAAGUUCCCUCUAGGUCUCGCCACUGAUAGCAUAAAACCAUCGAAAUUCAUCGACGAAGCCGACGGGAAGGAAACGCCAAACAUCGGUUUAUGCCACCUCAAAGAAGCUUAUUAUUGGACGAUAAUGCUGCUUGCUCGACCGUCCUUGACGAAAAGCGCUUCCAAACAUAUGUACAAAGCCAGCAAGGACAUGAGUCAAUGGGAGCCUCCGACUACGGCAACUGAGCCAGACCAGGUCCUCGCCUUUUCCUGCGUCGACUCUGCAGUCAGGACAGUUGACCUCCUAAAAGUCAUGGGAGACAACCGAGAAAUUCCAAAACGUCUCCCGUUUGUCGUAAAUUCUCUAUUUGUUGCAGCCUUGGUACUUGGGACCGCCUACUUCAACGACUUGGAUCAUAUCUUCCCUCUCGAGAAAAGCAUGAUUGGCGUGCGAUCCUUGAUGUCCAGGUUCAGUACUCAUGACCCUGUCGCCAAGGGCGCACUGCAAACUAUCGAUAACCUACAAACUGUCUGCAACAUAUACGUCGAUGAAAGAGCGCGCCGGAAAAUGGAGAGACAGAGCCUUCUGGUGCGGAACCUGUUUGGUACUGUGCAUGAUAGAUCCAGGCCACAGACUCCGAGGCCUAACGAAAAAGCAAAGACAAACUCUGUCAGUCUUUUCAACCAGAGUGAGGAAAUCGUUGAUACUUGGUCAUUUGGAGAAUCUAUUGGAGACAUGGAUGGGGGGUUGAUGGGCAUGUUGCCACAUGAAGCUUUGGAGGCAUUCUCACUUCCCACGCCCACCACGAUCGAUUUCGGCUCAUUUGAUGCUAGUUUUCCUCUUUUCUCAACUGUAGAUGUAUGUAGUCUUGAGGUUGAAGGAAAUAUGGGGACGAAUGGUUUGGCGUUUGGACUGUGA